GUUAGUUAGUAAAUAUAUACAAUGGGACGUAGGUUUCAGUAUAUAAAGAUGGCGGAUCCCCUCGUUCAUACACAAGGCUGUCAAAUAUGGGGCGAAUUACGGCAUUGGGUAUAAUAGCAUUGGUAGCGUCAGCGGCGGCGGCCCCAGCGCCCCAGUACUGUCCGUGCCUCCCUCCCCCCCUGCCCUGUCCGUGUCCACCACCAUGUCCCCCGCCCGUACCACCACCAUGCCCAUGCGACCCGUGCGCACCACCACCGUCACCAUGCGGCGAUGGUCCCAUCAAGGUACUCCUGCAGAAGAACAACGUCGCUGAACGUCUGACGGGCGCAGGAUUCCAAGCGAUCCCUGUACCUGGAGGGACCUUCUUCAUCAGUGCUUCCCCAGACGUGAUCAUCCAGCCUCCUCCGAUCCUGGUGCGACCACCGCAACAGGCGCCGAUCACACCACCUGCCCUAUCAGUACAACCACCACCGGUACCACCAGUGACUCCCCCACCAAUCUGCGUCAGACCUCCCCCACUACCACCAAUCACGCCCCCACCUGUUCUCGCUCGUCCCGGACCUGUCCCAUGCGUGCAACCUCCCCCCCUAGUGGUGAGAGUGCCCAAACCAGCUCCGAUUCAACCAGCGCCGAUCAGCGUCACCCAACCUCGUCCAGCACCGAUCAACCCACCCCAGAUCUGUGUAAGACCACAUAAGCCACAGAAUAUUCAGCCUCCUACGAUUUGUGUGUCGACCUGUUCACUGGUGCAAGGUCAAGGAGGUCAGGGAGGUUUGGGAGCUUUGGGAGGACCGUGCGGAUCACCUUGCCCGUGUCCAUGCCCGUGCCCGUGCCCGUGCCCGUGCCCGUGCCCGUGUCCGUGUCCAUGCGAGCCUCCCCCACCUCCACCUUGCGGUUGCCCAUGUGAACCACCACCGCCCUGCCCGUGUGACCCCUCCCCGUGCCCAUGCUAAACUCUAAACCGUAUUGGACUUAUUUCCAUUCAACAUCUACAUUACCUGGGUAUAACUUUCCCCGGGACACGUUUACUCGACUAGUGGCGAACUCUACUCAAGAAAGCAAACAUCUGACAGAUAUCGUUUUGACAGCUAACGUCAGAUGUGAUAGAAAAACACCGUUGUCAGAUUUUUGCGUACAUUGAUUACCAUCUUUUCUUUUGUAGAUAUAUCUACACUGAGUAUGUUAAAUAUCUUCAUAAGUUAUAUUAUAACAUCUAAUAUUUUGAGAGUAAACGUCACUUUGAUAAAACACCUUUGAGAAAAUAUAACCCAGUAAUGUAUUGUAUGACAGUUUUCACCAUUUUCUUGAUUAUUUUUUAAGAGAAAUAAGUCCAGGUUUUUUAGUUUUAGUAUGUAACAAAGAUCUCUGAGUUUUUACGACAAAUAUGGCGUGUUUAAAGGAACAUAUAAGGAUAUUAUAUAAAUAAUGUUACAAAUGCCCGUACCAGUUUCGAAUGCGUGUGUCUUUUACAAAUGUAUAUUUAGGUAUUUUUAUGUAUUUUUAUCAUAUUAACAAUGAUUAUACGCAUAUAUAUCAUA